AACAACCCCCGCGGUGCACAUCUUCAAUGCCAUUGGUUGUUGUUUGUUUACUUCAAAACGGACGGCGCAACCGAAGGCUGAAGCAGAAGAAAAACAAACACGUUUCUUCACCAUGGAAGCAGAAGUUGAGUUUUUACGUGAUCAAGUCCACAGGUUAAAUACAGCUCUCAGCCAGUCUCAGUAUGGGCACCGCACUCGAGCCACAUCAUCUCCGGUUGAGGAGGCAGGUCGGGCGGAGUCUCUCCCACCCUGGAUCUCUGAUAGAAGUAUAAUGGCUCCUCUGAUAGCGGAGUACGAUCAGCACAUGGAUGAAAUGACUGAACAGCUGCAGAGAUACCAGACGCAGAUGGCAGAUGUGAAAGUGAAGUUGGAGAGGGUUGUCAAGGAGAACGAAAGGCUACAUGUAGAGCUGAGGGAGUCUGUGGAGAAGCAGCUUCAUGCCUUGCCCGUGGCUUCAGGAGUGGAGGGAGGCACAUUGGAGGAGGAAGCAGUGACCAGAAACCUCCAAGAACAGAUUCAGCUGUCUGAACAGGAGCGGUUGCAGGCCAUGGAGCUGUGGCAGUCAGCAGCUCAGGAGCUGGACCGCCUCCAGCAGGUCUACCAGAAGACCAUCUCUGAUGGACAGAUCCAUAAUGCUCACAGACAGCAGCUAAAGGAUCAGCUUGUUCAGUUCCAGCAGCACACACACAAACUUCAAGUGGCCAAUCAGAAACUGGAAUCAACUAACCAGCAUUUCCUGAAGACGGUGACAGAGCAGAGCACGGAGAUGGAGGAGCUACACAGCCAGCUCAGGCAGGCCAAGGCUGAGCUGAGGAUGGCCACAGCCAAAGUGGAUGAGAUGACCAAGUUGUUGCAGAAUGUCCAGGACCAGAUACAGAGACGGGAGGAAGAUGUGGCAGAAGCUCAGGGCCGAGAGGACGCAGCAGACAGACGGCUCCAACAGCUUCAAGCGGCCUUGAGCCAGCUAGAGGCCAGACUAAAAGCUGCAACUCAGGAGGCAGAGGGAGUGCGCAGGGAGCAAACUGUUUGGGAGAGAAAGGUGGGGGAGCUCCAGGCGCGUUGCACCACACUAGAAGAGGAGAAGUAUGAGGCCCUGGCCAAAGUCAGAGAGAGUGUUCAGGUGGCAGAGGAGGCUGCACUGCAGAAGGACCAGGCCCUUUUAAGAGAGAAGCAGAAGGCAGAAGAGCUGGAGAAGACCAAAGACGCCAUCAAACAGUUAAUCCAGGAUGCUGCAGUACGCACCAGAAAAGAGGUGGAUAAUGUGCGCAAGCAUUGCAAUGUUCAAAUCCACCGUAUGGCAGAGGAGCUGUCUGCACUGCAGCUGGAGUGUGCAGAUAAAGAGUCUCAGAUUGAAAGGUCCCUGCGGGAGAGAAAAGCUGUAGAGGAGGAGCUGGAGAAGGUGUAUAAAGAGGGCAGGGCAGAGCCAGAGUUCAGGAAGAUUGAUGCCCUCCACCAGAGGUGUUUAGAUGCAGAGAGGAUGAAGGACGACAUGAGCCUUACUCUGCAAAGCACCCAGAACAAACUGAAAAAGAUAGAGAUGGACUACAGUGAGGAGCUGUCACGCUGCCAGGACGAAGUGCGGCGGCUACAGGGCUCGUUGGCCGCAACCCGGGACGACUGUGUCGGCGUCAGCGACGAGCGGCUCCAGCUGCAACAGGAGAACCUGCAGCUGCGCAGGGAGAUGGAUGAGCUGCGCAAGGCCACCCUGCUGGUCCAAAAGAAGGCCAAACAACAGGUGUCACAGAUGGAGCAGGAGUACAGCCUGAAGGAGCAGGGACUGGACGCACGGCUCCGAGAGCUGGAGGAAUGCAGCCGAAGCUCCAGCUCUGAUCUGACGCGCCUCCUUACAGCGCAGCAGAAAAGUACUCAGCGCUGGAAAGAAGAGGCCAAGAACCUGGUUCAGUCCUUUGAGACUAAAAUCACAAGCCUCAAGGCAGAACUGAAUCGGCAGAAGCAGCGUUCACAUGAGCUUGAGAUGCAGCUUGAGACGGACCAUAACACCGUUGCUGAGUACGAGAGGCAACUAGCAGAGUAUCAAGAGAAGACGAGUCGCCUCCAGAGACGACUGACGCAAUCUGAACAGAGGGCAACUACUGCUACACAACAGCUCAGUAUGUUGGCGUCACAGCGGAAGAAAACUGUCGAUCCAGAGACUGUGUGACUGUCACUGUGCUGUACAUUGUAUACCCUAUACAUGUUGCACUUUUUGUUAAUAUAUCAACAUUUCUUUGGCCAAAGACAACAGCGGUGUUGUCAGUGCUCUGUUGAUUCAAUAGAAUCAUGUUCCAAUUUUAUACACUAAUGUGGUACCAAAUGUUUUCUUGUGAAUUGUAUUUAUAAGGAUCUUUUUGUGUAUAAUGUCACAUGAACUUUGUUAUAAAUAAACAUCUUUAAACACAA